GGUGAUUUGAAAGAUGAGCUAUUGCGUUAAAAAUCAAAAGUACGAUUGCACAAUUCCAAAAAUGUGAAAAAAUACCGAAGCAUUUACGUGAAAUGGCUGAAGGUUACCCGGCAGUAGAAUCAAAAAUAUUAUGCAGGUACUUUGUACACGGAGCAUGUAACAAGGGAGAGAACUGCAGAUUUUCUCAUGAUCGGCAAGACAGAACCGACAAUGUGUGCAAGUACUAUCUAAAAGGCUGUUGCAGUUUUGCAGACAGAUGCAGAUACGAUCAUGUCAAACAAAACGUAAAUCAAACGAAUGAAACAAAACAAUCAAAACCAAGAGUUCAUUGCCUUCCGCCGCUUAAAGACAAUGCUGAACCAACCAAUGGUAUGGUGUCUUUGAAAAAGGUGCUUCACGGCAAUGCAAACACACCAAAAACACCGAAACCUCCCGAGGACUGGGUUCAUGCCACAGAAUUUGUUCCUGGACAACCAUAUGUUUGCUCAACUAUUCCUUCUUCCUAUGCCAGUGCUGCAUCAAAUGGCACAGAAACAAAUGAUGCCUUGCUGAUAGAAGAGUCAGCAGAAAAUCCUAGUCAAUUACUAUGUCCAUUCUCCACCAAUAAAGAGUGUCCAUACGGUGAAGAUUGUGAAUAUGUGCAUGGUGAUAUCUGUGAAUUAUGCGGACAUGCCGUCUUGUUGCCAGGAGAUAAAAAACAAAAUGAGGAACAUAAAAAGGAAUGCGUACAGCGACACGAGCGAGAUAUGGAGCUAUCUUUCGCAAUAGCGCAAAGCAAGGAUAAGCAGUGCGGUAUAUGUAUGGACAUAGUGCUUGAUAAGGAACCCAAGUCAGAACGACGAUUUGGGAUCAUGUCAGACUGUGUACACUGCUUCUGUUUAGCAUGUAUACGGAAGUGGAGAGCCUCAAAACAGUUUGAUAGUAAAACAAUCAGGUCAUGUCCAGAAUGCAGAACACAGUCGGACUUUGUCACACCAAGUUCCUACUGGGUGGAAAACAAAGAUGAGAAAAUCAAACUUAUUGAGGGAUAUAAGACAGCUUUAAGCCAAAAGCCAUGCAAAUAUUUUGAUGAAGGCCGAGGCGAAUGCCCUUUUAAUGACAGCUGUUUUUACCUGCACUUGUUGCCUGAUGGCUCCAAACCUCCUCCCUCAUUUAGAAGGCAUAGAAGCCGUAGACGUCACAACGCAGAUGGUGAACUUGAUUUAGAGACUAACAUUUUUCUCUGGGACUUUUUCGAAGAGCGACAAGGUCGCUUAGAUAGCCUGUUGGAAAUACUUGAGGACGAUUUUGCGGCUUUAUUGUUCAGUUUGAAUUUCUCAACAGAUUCUGAUGAGGAUAGCGAUGACACUUUGGAGUUUUUAUAGGAAGUUUGGUUUAUAAGCAGUAGUAAAGAAUUUUUUCCAGUUGAUGUAGUGAUUUUUUGUCCGUCUCAAAUUUGCAUGAAUUUUUCUUUAUUGGUGAAAAGUCAAAUCCUUAUGAAAGGAUUUUUCAAACAAAAUUUGAACCAGGUGAAAUAUCAUGCACAUUCUAGUACAAAUGCUUUUGGUACAUGUGCCAAGGAUAUAUAAACUGAUCUGAGAACCAGUCUUGUGUUGCAACGAUUUUCAUUGGUCAGUUUCAGGAUCAAGCCUUCAACCAAUCAGAUGCUGGAAUUUUUAGACUGGUCGCAAAAUCCUACCCUGACCAUCCAAGGUUAUAAAGAAGUCUGAAUACCAGUCUAUAAACUCCAGCAUCUUACUGACCAUUUCCUAGCACAGACUUGAAAUUGACCGGUCGCAAGGCUGCUUUCAAGACUGAUCUUCUCAGUUUCAUAACCCAUGAAGCUGGUCCAGCUUUCACUUACAUUCUGAAACUAAUACUGUUCACACCAAAACAAUUCUGUCAAUAAUAAUGAGUGAAUACUACCAACUUCUAAUAUGAAUUGAUCCGUCACAUAUUUUGCAAAAACAAAAGAAUUUGAAUUUUCAAUAUUUCUAAAUGACCUUAUUCUGAUUCAAGAAUAAUGAGAAUGAUAGCGUUAGUUGGACCUGUCUUGUGGCAGCAGUCUUUUUCCAGAUGGAUGGUAUUGUGCUAUUUUUAGCUCACCUGUCACAUAGUGACAAGGUGAGCUUUUGUGAUCACCCUUCGUCCGUUGUCUGUGCGUCCGUCCGUGCAUGCGUCCGUCCGUCCGUCAACAAUUUCUUGUCUGCACGAUAGAUGUUUCAUUUAUGAUUUUAUUUUUACCAAACUUGCACAAAACUUGUAUCACCAUUAGGUCUCGUUUCCUUUCUUGAACUGGCCAGAUUCCAUUAUGGGUUCCAGAGUUAUGGCCCCUGAAAGGGCCAGAAUUAGCUAUUUUGACCUUGUCUGCACAAUAGCAGCUUCAUUUAUGAUUUGAUUUUAACCAAACUUGCACACAACUUGUGUCACCAUAAGGUUUUGGUUCCUUUCUUGAACUGGCCAGAUUCCAUUAUGAGUUCCAGAGUGAUGGCCCCUGAAAGGGCCAGAAUUAGCUAUUUUGACCUUGUCUGCACAAUAGCAGCUUCAUUUAUGAUUUUAUUUUAACCAAACUUGCACACAACUUGUGUCACCAUAAGAUCUUGGUUCCUUUCUUGAACUGGCCAGAUCCCAUUAUGAGUUCCAGAGUGAUGGCCCCUGAAAGGGCCAGAAUUAGCUAUUUUGACCUUGUCUGCACAAUAGCAGCUUCAUUUAUGAUUUGAAUUUAAUCAAACUGGCACACAACUUGUAUCACCAUAAGGUCUCGUUUCCUUUCUUGAACUGGCCAGAUCCCAUAAUGGGUUCCACAGUUAUGGCCCCUGAAAGGGCCAAAAUUAGCUAUUUUGACCUUGUCUGCACAAUAGCAGCUUCAUUUAUGAUUUGAUUUUAACCAAACUUGCACACAACUUGUAUCACCACAAGAUCUUGGUUCCUUUCUUCAACUGGCCAGAUUCCUUUAUGGGUUCCUAGGGGGGCUUGGGCAGUGUUGCAUUUUCCAUUACUGCUCAUGAACAGACUCAGUCAAACGGAGUCUGCAAUUUUCACUGUUUGCCUUGUUUUCGGUGCUUCGGAGGGAUCUACUUUCCAGAUUUUACUCCAGAGUUAUGGCCCCUUAAGGUCCAGAAUGUGCUAUUUUGGCUUUUGCAGCCAUAUAGAGACAUCAUUUAUGGUUUGAAUUGAUACAAACUUCCAAAAUAUCUUCAACAAAAAGAAAUCUUGGAUUCCAUGACGAAUCUGUCAGAUCCAAUCGUAGGUUCCAGAGGUAUUUUUUGUAUCUGAUUAUCUCCCCUGAUCAUAAUAAAAAUGGAUUUAUAUCGGUAACUACUUAUUGGACUUAUUUGAAAUUUCAUUAUUGUCAUUAGUUGGACUGAGACAAUCAGGGUAGGUAACUAUGGACUAAUUUUAUGUCAAAUUACCUCCCUUUAUUUCAAAUUAAAAUGGGUAUAUCUCCGUAACUAAUGAAGAUACUGAUCUGAAAUUUCAUUUAUGUCAACAGAUGGACUUGGACAAUGAGUGAAGAUACAUAUUGACUGAAUUUAUGACAAAUUACCUCCCUUUAUUUUUUAUCUAAAUGAAUACACCUUAGCAGCUUCUAAUGAGAUUGGUUUGAAACGUUAUUUAUGUCUUCCAUGGUAAGAAAUAGUCAUAUUAGAUAACACUUGAUUAAACACUUAUCGAGAUGAAUACUUUACUAAUAUAUUGUUGUAUAGGCUUGUACUUUGUAUCUUCUGCAUGCAUAUACCAAUGCAUGAUUACCUCCCUUGAUUUUAAUAAAAAUGGAUUUAUCUAAGUAAAUAUUUAUAGUACCCAUUUGAAAUUUCAUUAUUGUCUUUAGUUGGACUGAGGCAAUCGGAGUAAAUAGCUAUUGACUGAUUUUAUGUCAAAUUACCUCCCAUUGUUUCAAAUUAAAGUGGGUGUAUCUCAGUAACCGAUGAAGAUACUGAUUUGAAAUGUCAUUUGUGCCAUCAGAUGGACUCUGACAAUCAGGGUAGAUAACUUUUGAAUAAAUUUAUGACAAAUUAUCUCCCUUUAUUUUAUGUAAACGAAUAUAUAUCAGCAGCAUCUAAUGAGAUUGGUUUUAAAUGUUAUUCAAGUCUUCCAGGGUAAGGAAUAGUCAUGUUAGUACAAAAAUGCAGCAUUUGAGCCUAGGACCCUCAAACUUAGUAUGGAAAUUGGCUCUGACUAGGUCAAAAGGGAAUGUUAUAAGAAAAUGUUUAUCCUGAUGUGUAUGCCUAUGUGCUCUAUGUCAAAACUUGAUCAUAUCAUUUUGAGCAAUGGUAUUCAGGUGAGCGAUACAGGGCCAUCAUAGCCCUCUUGUUGUUGAAAUUUUAUAAAAUCUGAGUUUUCGACAUUUGUUAAGCUGAUUUAAGCAGGUUAAGUGAUCCCUGCCCAUUUUCGUUAUGUUUCUCGUGUUUGGAUGGCUCGAGACUUCUAGCGAACAGUGUUUUACUGUAUUAGCCACCCACACAGCUCUAACCUCAAUGUUGAAAGAAUUUGAUUUGUUACUUCACAAUUUUCCGUCCACGUUUCUGUCAGUCCAGUGCAUUAAGUUUUUUUUUUUCAUUGAUAAAGCCUCCAAUAGUAUUUUGUGCUUUGUUUAAAGAUGGUACAACUAUAAAGCAGUAUCAGGACUAGUUGUGGAAGUUGUUGGGAAGUUGACCACCAACUCAUAGCUUUGAAUAUUUUUAUGACCCCGAAGGGAGGCAUUAGUUUUCAACUGUCCGUCCGUUAGUUCGUUAGUCACAACGUUAAUUUUUUGCAUGAAGGCACUUAACUUGCGAACCACUGCAACCAGGACCUUCAAACUUCACACGCUGAUAGUACUUAUUGAGUGUACCACCCCUACUGACUUUGGGGUCACCAGGUCAAAGGUCAAGGUCACAGGGGCCAACGUUAACUUUUUGCUUGAAGGCACUUUACUUGCGAACCAUUGCACCCAGGACCUUCGAACUUCACAUGCUGAUAGUACUUAUUGAGUACACCACCCAUAAUGACUUUGGGGUCACCAGGUCAAAGGUCAAGGUCACAGGGGCCAACGUUAACUUUUUGCAUGAAGGCACUUUACUCGCGAACCACUGCACCCAGGACCUUCAAACUUCACAUGCUGAUAGUACUUAUUGAGUACACCACCCCUAAUGACUUUGGGGUCACCAGGUCAAAGGGGCCAACGUUAGCUUUUUGCAUGAAGGCAUUUUACUCGUGAACCACUGCACCCAGGACCUUUAAACUUCACUUGCUGAUAGUACUUAUUGAGUACACCACCCCUACUGACUUUGCGGUCACCAGGUCAAAGGUCAAGGUCACAGGGGCCAACGUUAACUUUUUGUUUGAAGGCACUUUACUCGCGAACCACUGCACCCAGGACCUUCAAACUUCACAUGCUGAUAGUACUUAUUGAGUACACCACUCCUACUGACUUUGGGGUCACCAGGUCAAAGGUCAAGGUCACAGGGGCCAACGUUAACUUUUUGCAUGAAGGCACUUUACUUGCGAACCAUUGCACCCAGGACCUUCGAACUUCACAUGCUGAUAGUACUUAUUGAGUACACCACCCAUAAUGACUUUGGGGUCACCAUGUCAAAGGUCAAGGUCACAGGGGCCAAUGUUAACUUUUUGCAUGAAGGCACUUUACUCGCGAACCACUGCACCCAGGACCUUCAAACUUCACAUGCUGAUAGUACUUAUUGAGUACACCACCCCUAAUGACUUUGGGGUCACCAGGUCAAAGGGGCCAACGUUAGCUUUUUGCAUGAAGGCACUUUACUCGUGAACCACUGCACCCAGGACCUUUAAACUUCACUUGCUGAUAGUACUUAUUGAGUACACCACCCCUACUGACUUUGCGGUCACCAGGUCAAAGGUCAAGGUCUCAGGGGCCAACGUUAACUUUUUGUAUGAAGGCACUUUACUCGCGAACCACUGCACCCAGGACCUUCAAACUUCACAUGCUGAUAGUACUUAUUGAGCACACCACUCCUACUGACUUUGGGGUCACCAGGUCAAAGGUCAAAGUCACAGGGGCCAACAUUAACUUUUUGCAUGAAGGCACUUUACUCGCGAACCAUUUCACCCAGGACCUUCAAACUUCACAUGCUGAUAGUACUUAUUGAGUACACCACUCCUACUGACUUUGGGGUCACCAGGUCAAAGGUCAAGGUCACAGGGGCCAACGUUAACUUUUUGCAUGAAGGCACUUUACAUGCGAACCACUUCACCCGGGACCUUCAAACUUCACAUGCUGAUAGUACUUAUUGAGUACACCACCCCUACUGACUUUGGGGUCACCAGGUCAAAGGUCAAGGUGCUGCGGGGGCAUUUGUCACCAUUAGUGACAGCUCUUGUUUUCUUGGUAAAAAAUGGUAGGAAUAGAAAGUAUCAAAUGUUAGUGUCGGUAUUAUGAAUGUUUUUGGAUUGAUUGGUGACAGAUUUAUGGGACCUUGAACAUUUUUAGCUCGACUAUUAGCUCGACUAUAAGAAGUAUGGAGAGCUGUCCUACUCGACCCGGCAUCCUUCCGCGUCCGCACCUUGGUUAAAGUUUUAUUGCACUUUCUCUUUAUCUCUGUAAUUACUUGAUGGAUGUUUCAAACUUAAAAUAGUUAUUCAACAUCAUCACCCACAUCAUAUGGCACAAAGCCCAUAACUCUUGGACCUUUGACAUUGAAACUUCAAAGAUUGUCUGUGGUCAGUAGUUGAUCCUUAAACGUUUGGGUUUAAUGAUGGCAGUAACUUCGAGGCUGAAAAAAGUUUCCAGUCAAUUAAUAUUUGGGCCGAAGAUUGUCGAGGAUUGUAGCAUUACAAUGUGGUCAGUAGAUGACUCCUAUUGAUUUUGGGUUCAGGAGGCCAUAGGCCACAGAGACCUUGAACCUUGAAACAGUUUCUGAUCCAUAACUAUAGAAAGAUUGGGCCUACAGCCAUCUCACUAAAUGCUGAUGCCUGUGGCAAGGAUCGUUAAUUGAUUCAAAUGUUCUAGUCCUUGCCUAUAGUUAAAAUUAAUAUGGUGCUUUUGUGAUCGCGCGGUGUCCUUCGUUUGUGCGUGCGUGCGUCCUUAAACUUUUGCUUGUGACCACUCUAGAGGUCACAUUUUUCAUGGGAUCUUUAUGAAAGUUGGUCAGAAUGUUCAUCUUGAUGAUAUCUAGGUCAAGUUCAAAACUGGGUCACGUGCCUUCAAAAACUAGGUCAGUAGGUCUAAAAAUAGGAAAACCUUGUGACCUCUCUAGAGGCCAUAUAUUUCACAAGAUCUUCAUGAAAAUUGGUCAGAAUGUUCACCUUGAUGAUAUCUAGGUCAAGUUUGAAACUGGAUCACGUGCCAUCAAAAACUAGGUCAGUAGAUCAAAUAAUAGAAAAACCUUGUGACCUCUCUAAAGGCCACAUUUUUCAUGGGAUCUGUAUGAAAGUUGGUCUGAAUGUUAAUCUUGAUGAUAUCUAGGUCAAGUUCGAAACUGGGUCACGUUCGGUCAAAAACUAGGUCAGUAGGUUUAAAAAUAGAAAAACUUUGUGACCCUCUAGAAGCCAUAUAUUUCAUGAGAUCUUCAUGAAAAUUGGUCAGAAUGUUCACCUUGAUGAUAUCUAGGUCAUGUUUGAAAGUGGGUCACUUGCCUUCAAAAACUAGGUCAGUAGGUCAAAUAAUAGAAAAAUCUUGUGACCUCUCUGGAGGCCAUAUUUUUCAUGGGAUCUGUAUGAAAGUUGGUCUGAAUGUUCGUCUUGAUGAUAUCUAGGUCAAGUUCGAAAUUGGGUCACGUGCCUUCAAAAACUAGGUCAGUAGGUCAAAUAAUAGAAAAACCUUGUGACCUCUCUAAAGGCCAUAUUUUUCAAGGGAUCUGUAUGAAAGUUGGUCUGAAUGUUCAUCUUGAUGAUACCUAGGUCAGGUUCGAAACAGGGUCAUGUGAGGUCAAAAACUAGGUCAGUAGGUCUAAAAAUAGAAAAACCUUGUGACCUCUCUAGAGGCCAUCCUUAUGAAUGGAUCUCCAUAAAAAUUGGUCAUAAUGUUCACCUUGAUGAUAUCUAGGUCAAGUUCGAAAUUGGGUCACGUGCCUAAAAAAACUAGGUCAGUAGGUCAAAUAAUAAAAAAACCUUGUGACCUCUCUGGAGGCCAUACUUUUCAUGGGAUCUGUAUGAAAGUUGGUCUGAAUGUUCAUCUUGAUGAUAUCUAGGUCAAGUUUGAAACUGGGUCAACUGCGGUCAAAAACUAGGUCAGUAGGUCUAAAAUUAUUAAAAUCUUUUGACCUCUCUAGAGGCCAUAUUUUUCAAUGGAUCUUCAUGAAAAUUGAUCUGAAUGUUCACCUUGAUAAUAUCUAGGUCAAGUUCAAAACUGGGUCACAUGAGCUCAAAAACUAGGUCACUAUGUCAAAUAAUAGAUAAAACGACGUCAUACUCAAAACUGGGUCAUGUGGGAAGAGGUGAGCGAUUCAGGACCAUCAUGGUCCUCUUGUUUAUCCUUUACCGUGUAUAAUACAAAAGUGCUAGAGUUUUUCAGUGUUGUUUUUCUCUGUAUAUAAUUUAGGCCAAUAUUGUUGUUUACUAGAGACCGUCUUUGCAUAUCAGAGUAAUAAUGUAGUCUAUUUGAGUAAUAGUGUUGCGACAGGUUGAAUUUCUCUAAACAUAUACUGUGAAAUUUUAAUUUCUUGGGCAUAGAAUUUCGUGGUUUUGGCCAAAAUAGCUAUUUCAUGCGGAUAUCAAUUUGUAUGUUUUUAUCUUUGAACAUAAAAUGCAUGGAAAUUUUACUGGUUCAUUAGGAUUUAAUUUUGAGGAUUCACACAACCACGAAGUCCACAAAAAUUUGUCCCCCACGAAUAUUAAUUAUUUCACAGCGUAUGAUGUAAAGCUUCUGUGAUAAUGUAGUAGAAUGAAGUUUCAAGCACGUUAAUAAAAGCUGGUAAAUAAAUAAAUAAUAGCAUUGAU